AUGGCUGCCUCCAAGGCUUUAAUUUCAGGGGUUUCCCUGAGUGAUAUCUAUGAUGUGGCAGGCUGGUCCUCACCGCACACAUUUGUGAGGUUCUAUGAACUAGACCUUGGCUCCACUCCAGGGGCGCAGGUGUUACUUGUUCCAGCACUAAAUCAGGAGCUUCAGUGCUCCAUCUGUCUGGAAUUGUUCACUGAUCCAGUCACCACUCCAUGUGGACACAACUUCUGCAGAAUCUGCCUGAGUGAGUGCUGGACGAACACACAGACCUGCUUCUGUCCACUCUGUAAAGAAAAAUUCAGCAAAAGACCUGAUCUCAAGAUUAAUACAACACUCAGAGAGGUUGCUCAACACUUUAAGAAGCUUAAUCAAGAAUCUAAAGUGUUCUGUGACUUCUGUGAUGAAAGAAAGCAGAAAGCUGUGAAGUCCUGCCUGACGUGUCAAAGCUCUUACUGUGAUGAUCAUCUGGAGCUUCAUCUCAGAGUCCCACGUCUAAUGAAACACAAACUGAUCAGCGCUGUGGAAAAUCUGGAGGAUUAUAUAUGCCAGAAACACAAGAGACCUCUGGAGAUGUUCUGCAGAGAUGAUCAGACGUGUGUUUGUCUGUCCUGCACUGAAGGAGAACACAGGACUCACAACACUGUUCCUAUAGAGGAGGAGAGUCAAGACAAGAAGGUAAAGAGUUACAGACAAAACACUUUAAACUCACUAAUGAAGAGGAUUCAAGAGAUCAAACACUCAGUAAAGCCGAGAAAAACUCUCACCUCCAAUGAUGGUUUCUUUACUUCGUCUCGAACCGUCCACAUUUCAAACGGGAUGAUUAUUGGUCUGGGUGUCCUGUUGGUAGCAGUGUUGAUCAUCUUGCCUACACAAUACACCAAAGCACAGAAACAGGCUGAAGAUCUCAUUAAGGAGCUGAAGAAGAGAACCACUGAGCUGGAACAGCUCUCACACACUGAUGAUACUCUCCAUGUCAUACAGAUAUACUCAUCCCUGUACAGUAUUUUACACAACAAGAACUCUGAUGUGGAUGAGAAAUCUCUGAAAAGAGCUCUGAAUCUACUGAAGGAACUGCUAAAUGAAAAACUCACUGAGUUGAAGUUUGUGCAGAAGUUUGCAGUGGAUGUGACUCUGGAUCCUGAUACAGCACAUCCACGUCUCAAACUGUCUGAUGAUGGAAAACAAGUCAGUGAUGGAGGCAUUAACCAGGAUGUCCCAAAAAACCCAAAGAGAUUUGAUUACACCGUUUGUGUUCUAGCAAAGCAGGGAUUCAGUUCAGGGAGAUUUUACUAUGAGGUGCAGGUGAAGGGAAAGACUCAUUGGACUUUUGGAGUGAUCAGAGAAUCCAUUAACAGGAAGGGGUCAAUCACACUGAGUCCUGAGGAUGGAGUCUGGACUGUGUUUCUGUGGAAUGAGAAUCAAUAUGAAGCUGCUGAAAGUCCAUUUGUCUCUUUAUCUCUGAGAGUGAAACCUGAGAAGGUGGGAGUGUUUGUGGAUUAUGAGGAGGGUCUGGUCUCUUUUUAUGACGUGGACUCCAGAUCUCAUAUCUACUCUUUCACUGGUCAGACUUUCACUGACAAACUCUAUCCAUAUUUCUAUCCAGGCCUUAAUGAUGAAGGUAAAAACUCAAAGCCACUGAUCAUCACACCUGUCAACUGAAACAAACAAAAAUAAUAAAAUCUGAAAAGAUUAAAUAUGGAUGUGAUGUUUUUAGAAUAUGUAAAUAAAAACCAAAGAAGAAUUUGCUCAAUCAAGUAGAUUUUACUUACAAAUAUAAAGAAAAUUAAAAUGUGACACAAGUGCAAAAAAGAAAUGUAUUCAGGCAAAAAAUAUUAUAUGUAAGUUAUAUGUACAUGUACAUUUGUUACACAUCUAUAUAUUUCUUUUGUCUUUCAUUA